CAGACGCUGACGGUCACACUCACUGUGUGGGCGCUUCGUGGACCCAGGAGCAGCAGCUAGCUCUCCUCUCACAUUGAGGAAAUGAAUCUCAGGACAGGGACUUGGACACCGGCAGAGCUGUUCUUUCUCUCGGCAGCCCUGGGCUGUUUCAGUUUGCCUGGCUCCAGAGGGGAAAGGCCACUUUCCUUUGGAUCAAAUGCAGUCAACAACAGCCUCAUUCAGAGCAGGCAGAAGCGGAGCGUGGAUGUUACCCCAAUGCCUAUUGACUGUGAACUGUCCAGCUGGUCCUCCUGGACCACCUGUGAUCCCUGUCAGAAGAAAAGGUACAGACACGCCUACUUGCUCCGACCCUCUCAGUUCCAUGGAGAACCGUGCAGCUUCUCUGACAAGGAAGUUGAAGACUGUGUUACCAGCAGACCAUGCAGAACCCAAGUGCGAUGCGAAGGCUUCGUGUGUGCACAGACAGGGAGAUGUGUGAACCGCAGGCUUCUUUGCAAUGGGGACAAUGACUGUGGCGACCAGUCGGAUGAGGCAAACUGUAGAAAGAUUUAUCAAAAAUGUCACCAGGAAGUGGACCAAUACUGGGCAAUUGGCAAUCUGGCCAGUGGGAUAAAUUUGUUCACAAACAACUUGGAGGGCCCGGUUCUCGAUCACAGGUAUUAUGCUGGUGGAUGCUCCUCCCAUUACAUCCUGAACACAAGGUUUAGGAAGCCAUACAAUGUGGAAAGCUAUACCCCACAGACUCAAGGCAAAUAUGAAUUUGCACGGACAGAAUAUGAAUCAUAUUCGGAUUUUGAACGCACUGUCAUGGAGAAAUCAACUAGCGAGUUUAGUUUCGGUUUUGGUUUAAAAGUACCUGGAAUAUUUGAAUUUGGCAUUAGCCAUGCAAGUGAUCAAGGCAAACAUUAUGUCAGCAGAAUCAAACGAUUCUCUCAUACUAAAAGUGUAUUUCUGCAUGCACGCUCUGACCUUGAAGUAGCACGUUACAAGCUGAAAUCCAGGAACCUCAUGCUGCAUUACGAGUUCUUUCAGAGAGUCAAGCGGCUGCCCCUGGAGUACGGCUAUGGGGAGUACAGAGAUCUCUUCCGCGAUUUUGGGACUCACUACAUCACAGAGGCUGUGCUUGGGGGCAUCUAUGAAUACACGCUCGUUAUAAACAAGGAGGCCAUGGAGAAUGCAGAUUAUUCUCUUAGCAACAUCCAUGCCUGUGCCCAAGCUGGUUUUAACAUUGGGGCUGCCAUCAAAGUGGUCUAUGCCAAGCUAGGUGUGUCGGCGAGCCAAUGCGAGGGUAUUCUGAAAGAAAUCAAUGACAGACGCAAGAGGAACACCAUGGUGGAAGACUUGGUGGUCCUUGUACGAGGAGGGGCGAGUGAGCAUAUCACUACCCUGGCAUACAAGGAGUUGCCCACUGCAGACCUGAUGCAGGAGUGGGGAGACGCAGUGCAGUACAACCCGGCAAUUGUCAAAGUUAAGGUGGAGCCUCUGUAUGAACUGGUGACAGCCACAGACUUUGCGUAUUCCAGCACAGUGAAGGAGAACAUGAAGCGGGCCCUGGAGGAGUUCCAGAAGGAAACCAGCUCCUGCCACUGUGCUCCCUGCCAAGGGAAUGGAGUGCCUGUUUUGAAAGAAUCACGCUGUGACUGCAUCUGUCCUGCUGGAUUCAAAGGCCCAGCUUGUGAGGUUACCCAUCGGAAAACGAAAAGUGUUCCCACUGAUGGGAGGUGGAAUUGCUGGUCAAGCUGGUCUUCAUGCUCUGGAGGACAUAAAACAAGACAAAGGCAGUGUAACAAUCCACCUCCUCAAAAUGGGGGCAACCCCUGCUCUGGCCCUGCUUCAGAAACCCUUAAAUGUUAGGGAAGGAGAGCUUCUAGCAGGGAAUACAGUUACGAGCUGCACACAGUAAGAACUUAGAACUCUGAAGAACACAGGUCAGCUCAUCCUGAAACCACUUCCCACUUGGGGCCAGCUCAAGAGCAGAGGGUAGUAUCAUUCAAGCUGUUUAAAAUGAAGAUGUCAGUUUGUAAAAUGCAUGUUGAUUUAGAUAAAUAGGAGUUAAACAAAAAUUUGAGAUUUCUUAAAGGCUUAAGUAUCCUUAUAAUUCCCACUUCACUAACUCUGCAAUUUUAUUGUAUUCACAUUUACUCCCAGCCAGGAAAAGGGCUGGGAGUUAUUCACAGUGAAAUUCCACUAAUUAGUAGUGAGUAGUGACUGGGCACAUAGUAGGUGCCAAAGAAUGAACCAAUGGGAGGAUAUUGAGUUGUUCUUCCCGUGGCGAGUACAUGUCAUAUUCAAUGACAAUAGCAGUUAGUGUUUAUUGGAUGGUUACUAUGUGCCAGUCACCAAUUCAGCAUAUUAAUUCAGUCUAUAACCAUAACAACCUUAUAAGGUAGAUACUGGUAAUAGCCCUAUUAGACAAGAGGGGAAACUGAGACUUAGAAACAGUUAAGAAACUUGACCAGGAAUACAUUUCUAGAAAAUGGCAGAGUUGGGCUGCAAACACAAGCUCUUGCAUUUUAAACUCUUAUCAGUGUUGCUCUUACCUCUCAGUGAAUGAGUAUCUGAUUAACAAAGACACUGUCAUGAAUUAAAACACAGCAGAAAAUACUG